AUGAGCCUCUUUUUUCUCUUUCUUUCUUUCUUUUCUGUUUUCUCUUUCUUUCUUUCUUUCUUUCUUUCAUUUCUAGUUUUCUCUUUCUUUCUUUAUUUUCCGCUUUCUAUCUCUGGCUUUCUUUUCUUUUUUCUCUUUCUUUCUUUCUUUCUUUCUUUCUUUCUUUUCAGUUUUCUCUUUCUUUCUUUCUUUCUUUUCUGUUUUCUUUUUCUUUCUUUUCUGUUUUCGCUUUCUAUCUUUCUUUCUUUUCUGUUUUCUCUUUCUUUCUUUCUUUCUUUCUUUUCUGUUUUCUCUUUCUUUCUUUCUUUCUUUCUUUUCUGUUUUCUCUUUCUUUCUUUUCUGUUUUUUCUUUCUUUUUUUCUUUUGUUUUCUCUUUCUUUCUUUCUUAGUUUUUUCUUCCCUUCUUUCUUUCCCUUCCUUUUUGGCACAGUGGUGCUAUUUCCGCAACCCAUUUUCCUUUCUUUGCUAAAGACGUCGGAAAAAAGCUUAUCCGCCUCCCCUUCUGCUUUCCCCCCCUUCCGCCUCCUCUGCUAUCCUGCCACCAGCUAUCCCCUUCCGCCUCCCUGCCGUCCACUUCCCUUACCUGGCCCACCUGGUAUUCACUUCCCCUUCCGCCUCAACUGCUAUCCCCUUCCGCCUCACCUGCUAUCUCCUUCGCCCCAAUCCACUUCACCUGCCAUCACCUGCUAUCCACACCUGCUAUCCUUCCGGCUCCACCUGCUAUCCCCUUCCGCCUCACCUGCCAUCCACCUUACCUGCUAUCCCCUGCUGCCCCACCUUAUCCCUUCCGCCUCACCUGCUAUCCUCUUCCGCCCCACUUGUUAUUCUCUUCAGCCCUCAUCUGCUACCCCCUUCCACCUCACCUGCUAUCCCCCUCUUCCCUUCCGCCUCACCUGCUAUCCUCUUCCGCUCAUCUGCUAUGCACUUCCACCUUACCUGCUAUCCCCUUCUGCCUCACCUGCUAUCCACUUCCGGCCCACCUGCUAUUCACUUCCGCCUCACCUGCUAUCCACUUCCAGCACACCUCUAUCCCCUUCCGCCUCAUCCCUGCUGUCCACUUCCACCUUACCUGCUAUCCUUCUUCCGCCUCAUCCCCUGCUAUCCUCUCCGCCUCUUCCACCUUACCUGCUAUCCCCUUCUGCCUCACCUGCUAUCCACUUCCGGCCCACCUGCUAUUCACUUCCGCCCUCACCUGCUAUCCACUUCCAGCACACCUGUAAUCCCCUUCCGCCUCCCCUGCUUUCCCCUUCCGCCUCCUCUGCUAUCCACUUCCGGCCCACCAGCUAUCCCCUUCCGCCUCACCUGCCGUCCACUUCCACCUUACCUGCUAUCCUCUUCCGCCUCAUCUGCUAUGCACUUCCACCUUACCUGCUAUCCCCUUCUGCCUCACCUGCUAUCCACUUCCGGCCCACCUGCUAUUCACUUCCGCCUCACCUGCUAUCCACUUCCAGCACACCUGUAAUCCCCUUCCGCCUCCCCUGCUUUCCCCUUCCGCCUCCUCUGCUAUCCACUUCCGGCCCACCAGCUAUCCCCUUCCGCCUCACCUGCCGUCCACUUCCACCUUACCUGCUAUCCUCUUCCGCCUCAUCUACUAUCACUUCCACCUUACCUCCUAUCCUGUUUUCCCCUACUAUCCACCUCCUCCUGCCCCUUCCGCACCUGCUAUUCCACCCCACCUGCCAUCCACUUCCGGCCCACCUUUUACCUGCUAUCCCUGCUUCCGCCUCAUCUGCUAUGCACUUCCAUCCUCUUCCGCCCCACCUGUUUCAUUCUCUUCAGCCUGUAAUCCCUUCAUCUCCUCUGCUAUCCCUUCCACCCCACCUGCUAUCCCCUUCCGCCUCACCUGCCGUCCACUUCCACACCUGCUAUCCACUUCCAGCCUCACCUGCUAUCCAUCCCCACCUUCCGCCUCCCCUGCACACCUGUAAUCCCCUCCUGCCUCUUUCCCUUCCGCCCACUUCCUCCCUUCCGCCUCCCACCUGCUCCAUUCCCCUUCCGCCUCUUCCUGCUAUCCACCACUUCCAGCCCACCUCCGCCUCACCUGCUAUCCACUUCCAGCACACCUGUAAUCCCCUUCCGCCUCACCUGCUAUCCACUUCCGCCUCAUCUGCUAUCCCCUAUUAA